AGAGGGAGGGGAAGGAGGAGGAGGCAGGGGACUGAGGAAAAGAGAAAGAAGGAUAAUCACAGGAAGACAUGAAAACAGGAGUCUGGAAGGACAAGGAUGAGCUCAAACUGAAAGGCAGAAGCUGAGACACAAAACAACAAAUAUACUGUAGAAACACUGAUUGAGAUGAGCUGAUAUGCAGUAUGAACAGCAUGCUGGGAAAGAUUUCUGCGCAUGCAAAUUGGCAAAUGCAAUGUAACUCAGCUUUUCUUUUUGCUCAUAUUCUCCACUUCAGGAAAAGGGAGGAAAUGAACAGUCAAGUCCAAACCAAAAGAUGGCCUCUGGAUGGGCGUAUUCCCUGUCAUCCUGUCUGAAACAAUACCGAAUACUGUACAAAUCCCCCUGUUGAACAUGAAGUUUAUCUACGAAGAACUGAAAGAGAGAGGAGAACUGGAGGAAUUUUUAAAGAAUGAACAGUACAGUGCACCUGGUACAUACAAUGAACAACUCAUAAAUUAUCACAAUAUGGCAUAUUUUGGCAAAAUUAAUGUAGGAACCCCUCCACAAACUUUUUAUGUCCAUUUUGAUACCGGAUCUUCUACUCUCUGGAUCAACUCAGUCUACUGCAAGGGUGAAGCCUGCACACAUCAUCCACUGUUCAACCCACAGAAGUCUUCCACCUAUCAUAGCAAUGAGCAGCCCUUCUCUAUCCAUUAUGGAACAGGAAGCCUCACAGGUGUUAUUGGCUAUGAUACAGUCACUCUUGGGGAUCUCACUGUCACAAACCAGAAGAUAGGUCUGAGUAUCACAGAACCAGGAAACCACUUUGCAAGACCCCUACAUGAUGGAAUCAUGGGGCUAGCGUUUAAACAAAACGAAGGAACUAUUGUGGACACCAUGAUAAAAGAGAACUUGCUUGAGGAGCCUGUCUUUGCUUUCUACCUCAGCAAGAGCUCAGAACGGGGCAGCGAAGUUGUUUUUGGUGGAACAGACCCAAGUCACUACACUGGGGAAAUUCACUGGGUUCCUGUUGCCCAUGAAAGCCACUGGCAGCUGGUUUUUGAAGGGUUUGAAAUAGACCACCACAGCACAGGCUGGUGCCAGAGUGGUUGCUCUGCGAUUGUAGACACUGGCACCUCUCUUCUUGCAUGCCCCCCUCAAUAUGUAGAUGAACUCCAUCAGGCUCUUGGAGCUCAACAAGAUCAGAACGGAAAGUAUGUCUUUGACUGCGACAGCAUAGACUCCUUGCCUCCUCUCACGUUCAUCAUGAAUGGAGCUCACCUUCAUCUUGAGCCCUCUGCUUAUGUGUUAGUGUACCAGGACGACUAUGGAAACUCUUACUGCACCAGUGGGAUUGAAGGUUCCCGAGAGGAGUAUCGGGAUGGUUUGCCAUACUGGGUUCUGGGAGAUGUGUUCCUGAGGCAAUUUUAUUCUGUUUUUGACCAAGGGAAUGGCAGAGUUGGGUUUGCUACACUUGCUUAAAGAUCUCUUAUCCACGUCACUUAACAAACCUCUACAAAUUGAUACAUCUUAUUAAGUGAAACCAGCGACAGUCUUCUAGUCAUCCUAGAAGAACAUAUUUUAAGAGGGGCACUCUGAAUUGUAACCAUUAAAAAUUGUGCAUUUUUAAAUGUACAACCAUAAACCUGAUUAAAAGGAAUAAA